AUGGAUGAUUCGAGAGUGGCAAAGUGCACCUAUGGUGGUGGAACUUUAAUGCUUAUUUUGUCUUCAACUACUACUUUUGAUUGGCUGUCCAACGAGUUGUGUAGUAGGUUCAAGCUGAAGUUAGGUCAUUUUGAGUUGAGGUACUCUUAUACGGAUUGCUCCAAUUGUUUAUUUGAAUUGGAUGAUGAUUUGAAAAUCAUGUUUAUGGUAUGUGGACUGACGAAGGAUCAAUUAAUUCACAUUGCUGUUAGGGAUAAGGCUGUAGUGAAUUAUGUUCAAACUGUUAAUACGAACAUAAUUGCUUCUCCUUUUUUGUUGGAGGCUGUUCCUAACAAUUACAGUUUUGCACAAGAUGAGGAUACAUGUAAAUAUUCAAUUCAAACUGGUAGUAUUGUUGAUUCAAGUGCAGCUUCUUCUUCUUUUUUGAGUAUGGAUUUUGAUGGUAUUAGCAGUGAGUAUGGAAAUGAAUAUUUAGGCAAAUAUGGUAGUUGUGGAGGUCGUAAGUAUUUGUCUACUGAUUGGGAGGGUUAUAUUACUCAUGAGGGUCAGAAGUUUGAGGGUGGAGUUUGUGAAUUCCGUGAUAAGUUGGCUAAGUACUCGAUUGAGAAUGGUUUUAAGAUGAAAUAUUUGAAAAAUGAGCCUCGUCGUGUUACUGCUGUGUGUGCUAAGAAGGAAUCAAAUGGCUGUGAGUGGCAUGUGCAUGCUGUUAAGUCGAAUGUAAAUGGAUUUUUUUAUAUUAAGAACUUAAAUAAUGCACACAGUUGCAGUGGUUUGAUCCGUGAGAAGAGAAAUAAGGCAAUGGGGUCUCGUUUGGUGUCUUCAAUUGUCAAAGAUAAGGUUCGUAGCAAUCCUUUGGUAAGGCCUAUUGAGCUGAUUACUGAUUUGAAGGAGAAUUAUGGAUUGGAUAUCCUUUAUCAUGUUGCGUGGUAUGGGAAGGAGUCGGCUACUAAGGAUUUGCAUGGUGAUGAGGAGUUGUCUUAUGCUCACCUGCCUUGGUAUGUGAAUGUUUUGAAGGCCAGCAAUGUCGGAUCUCAUUGUGUGCUUGACUGUGGCGAGGAUGGUUCUCGUUUCCAGCGGAUCUUUAUAUGUUUUAAGGCCUCCAUUGAUGGUUUUCGGUGGUGUAGGCCUAUGCUGUUCAUUGAUGGUACUUUCGUCACAAACAAGUACAAGGGUACUCUUCUAGGAGCUACUGCAAAGAAUGAAAAUAAAGGUAUGUAA